AUGGCCGCCAAAACCGACAUUGUGCUCUACACAGCUUCGACGCCCAAUGGCAUCAAGGCAUCGAUUGCGCUCGAGGAGCUCGGGCUCCAGUACAAAGUAAGCCAACCGUCUCCGCGAGACAAAAGCGCAGACAAGGAGGACAGCGGCUCACAGCGGCAGGUGCACGCGAUUAAAAUGAUGGAAAACGAGCAAAAGGAGCCGUGGUUCCUCGACAUCAACCCCAACGGGCGCAUCCCCGCCCUGACGGACACGCUGGACGGCAACAAGAUCCGCGUGUUUGAGAGCGGCGCCAUCCUCGAGUAUCUCGUGGACCGGUACGACAAGGACCACAAGAUUUCGUAUCCCCGGGGCACAGCAGAGCACUGGGAGGUGACAAGCUGGCUCAUGUGGCAGAUGGGCGGCCUGGGCCCGAUGCAAGGCCAGUCCAACCACUUCAAGCGAUACGCCCCCGAGAAGAUCGAAUACGGAAUCAACCGCUACGGCAACGAGACGCGCCGCCUCUACCGCACCAUGGAGGACCACCUCGCCAAGUCGCCGCACGGGUUCCUCGUCGGCGACCGCGUCACCGUCGCCGACAUUUCAUGCUGGGGAUGGGUCGCUUCGCACACCUGGGCGGGCGUCUCGCUCGACGAGUUCCCCCAUCUCGACAAGUGGCUCAAGACGCUGCUGCGGCGGCCUGGCUUCGAAAGGGGCCGCCACGUGCCGAAUCCGCAUACCGCCUUUGACAACGACGGCCUGACGGAGGAGGAGCUCGACACAAAGGCCGAGGGGGCCAGGAACUGGGUGCAGGGCGGCAUGAAGGCCGACGCGCAGAAAUGA